AGAGCUCAGUGAGCGGUCUCAGAACAGAGUGCAAAGAGAGAAAGAGAAAGAGGGAGGGAGAGAAAAAAGCCAAGUGAAUGUUAGAGCCCACUGUGGUCACUGCUGAAAUACUGAAUCUGAGAGAAAUGGAGGGAUUAACCAGUCGGAUUUAAAAAUCUGGAGCUCAUGCGGAGGCAGCCAAUCAGGGGACGAUCUGGAUUAAAAGGAGCCUUGGUCUAAAUGGGUCCGGUUAUGCCUCCCAGUAAGAAGCUGGAAAGUUCCGGGGUCAGCGUCGCGAGCGGCCUGAGCCAGUUCUAUCAGGCGAGCUCCAUAACGCGCGCCCUACAGGAGGCCGAGGAAAUGGACCUGGCUCUUCCCAUCAUCAAACUGGAGAAGGGCAGCGUGGAGGACGAGGAACUCACCAACCUCAACUGGCUCCACGAGAGCAAGAACCUGCUCAACAGCUUCGGUGACCCCGUGUUGAGAAGCGUCAGCCCUGUCCAGGACCUGGACGAUGACACCCCACCCUCCCCGGCCCACUCGGAUCUCCCUUACGACGCCAAGCAGAACCCCAACUGCAAACCUCCUUAUUCGUUCAGCUGCCUCAUCUUCAUGGCAAUAGAAGAUGCCCCUUCUAAGAGACUGCCAGUUAAAGACAUAUACAACUGGAUCCUGGAACACUUCCCUUACUUUGCCAACGCCCCCACGGGGUGGAAGAACUCAGUCAGGCACAAUCUUUCCCUCAAUAAGUGCUUUAAGAAGGUGGACAAGGACAGGAGUCAGAGCAUCGGGAAGGGCUCCCUGUGGUGCAUAGACCCAGAAUACAGACAGAAUCUCAUCCAGGCGCUGAAGAAGACGCCUUAUCAUCCUUAUUCCCAGGUGUUCACCACGCCUCCCACCUCUCCUCAGGCAUAUCAAAGUAUGUCCAGUCCUCCAAUAUGGCCAGGAAGUCCCUUUUACAGAAAAAACAAGGGAGUCCUACUACAAGUCCCUCAGGGAGUGAUCCAGAACGGAGCUCGAAUGAUGAGCCAGGGCCUCUUCCCAGGAAUCCGACCCCUUCCCAUCAACCCCAUUGUCAGCAGGACAGCCACUGUCAGGUCAGUACUCGAAUACAGGAUUACCAGUGACGGCGAGCCCACCUGUAACUCUCCACUGGUCAGCAGUGACUCCAAGGAUGACCACAACUACAGUUUUGCCAAAUCUUCCAGCUCGGACGUCGGAGAAGAGGCUCACUGCGAUGGAAGCGAGGUGAGCUUCCACGCCAACGAGACUGGCAGCGAUGUCGAGGACGACGACAAGAGCAAAAUCAAGAAGGAGCCCAAAGAGUGGUCCGUGGACGCCCUCGCUCUGGCCCAGCACAAGAAACGGCAACAUUUGACAAAAGUCAAACAGAGAGUGGCCAGUGACACUCUUCCUCUAAAAAAGAGGCGCACAGAGAAGCCUCCGGAAAGUGACGACGAGGAGAUGAAGGAGGCGGCCGGGUCCCUGCUUCAUUUGGCGGGAGUCAGGGCCUGUUUGAACAAUAUCACCAACCGGACGGCAAAGGGGCAGAAAGAGCAAAAAUAAUGAACAGACUGUAUUAUAAAGAGAGAGAAAAAAACAUCACUUUGAAUAGAAUUUACUAUUUUCUUUCCCAGGACAUCAGGUGAAUUCUACUGAUUUGUGGCAAUAUCAACAAUCACUUUGUUUUCCUAUCUUUAUAGGUAACAUUUUACUGAGGGUUUCUUGUUUUGGUUCACCUAUUUUAUUGUGUUUUCUUUCUUUUUUCUAAUCUACGGAGAUUGAAGCCAUAGCCUUCCCUUUUUUAAGAUAUUCAGCCAAUUAUUUCAUUCUUCUGAGAGAGGAGAAAAAAAAAAGUGAUAGCAAAAUUUGCCCUGCCCCAUUGUCAUAGUGAAAAGUGAAACUACUCUUAAUUUGUGGUGCAGCUUGCCAGAGUUACUGAUAAUUAUAGGUUCUAGUAAUCUCUGAUGUAAUAUAAGAUGUUUUAGAAGCACAGGGCAGUGCCAAAGACAAUCCUCGGGCAGUUUCUGUGAUGUCACUUCCCCUUGAUGCUCUCACCGGUAAAAGAAGUCCAGCAGCAUCGAGUGGAGACAGCUCAUGUCUGUAGUUGUCGUUUGGCUCGUAUGAAUCAUGAUUCACCACGAUGAGAGUAAACCAUAAGCCUUUGUCAAAGUGCUUUUUGGUGGCAAAAGUGAUACAUUUACCAAUAUGUCUUUCAAAACUGCCCACGUUUUUUUUCCUAAGCAAUCAAAAUGAGUGAUAUUUUCCUUCUAAAGCGAUUGUGGAUGGUGAUAUUUCUUCUUCGGCACAAUGAAAAGGACAACUCUGAGCUAAUGCUACAAUACCUGCCAAUUGUAUUUUAAUAGCGGAAAAUAAUGACUGGAGUUUUUUUGUGUUCGUUCGUUCGUUUACGUUUUCUAAUUUUUUUAUUUGAAACCCUCGUGAUGUAAUAAGCAAUUUCAUCCAGUCAGGAUAAACACUGUAUAAAAGUAACACUAGACCGUUUUCCUUUCUUAAUUUAAGCAAUGUAGCCAGCAGGAUUUUCCAAAUCGUGUUGCAUGGGUUCUGUAAAGAAAAAGAAGACCGUUUUUUUAAAAAAAAAUCAAAGUUCAUGUAAGGUAAAUAAUGUAUUUAGCAUGGAGCAUGAAUUAUUUUCAUAUAAAUAUAGAUCCUAGAGAACUAAGGCACCGCCUCUAAUUUCUAUGCCAAUAGGCCUAGUCUCUUUCGUUGUUUUUGUCAGUUUUGAUUUCGAUUUGUCGUCCUCAUCAUCGCCUUCGUGUUAAAGCAGGCAUCUUCACAAUUACCUUCUUCAGGGACAAACACUGACUGUUGGGAAACUCUCUCUGCAAUACGAGGACUCGGGCUUGGGCCGUCUCGGUCCACGCUAACGGCCGCCCCUCUAACGAAUACCCGCUACGUCAAUGUCCGUGUCUUCAAGGAGAAGUUCGUAGUGAGUGUCGGUCCCCUGCUACUUCCGGCUUCGUGCCUGCUUUUCUUCCGUGUGUAAUCCGGAUGUGCGUGUCUGUGAUUUAUUCAGGGUCUUCCAUUUUGUUCCACGAGACUUUGGAUCUACAGUACAAGUAGUUUUUUUGUUCCCGUAUUUACAUGUAGCACUGUUCAGGAGUCAUCAGUAUUGAUUCAGUUCUCGGUACAGGCAGUCAGACGGAUAUUUACGCCUCCACACAUAUAUAUUUAAGCACUUAUAGACGAAAACAAGUGAUAUCAGAGCUCAGUGCAAACGCUGGUGUAUAUAUUUUCACGACCUCACCGAAUUGCACUUUUAUUGUUUUAACGUAUGGUAAAGAACUUAAGGGUUCAGUGCCAAAGCCUGUAAUGACUCUAUACACAUGCAUACUUGAUAUGUUAGUCAUAAACAUGUCAAUGAGUUGUAGCAUUUCUCUCAAGUACCCAUGUAUAAGAUAUUCUCAGUCAUAUUUGUUAAUAUCGCUCUGCAUUGCUGUUUCAUGAAGUCACACUGUCUUCCCUGUUCAUCUGAUGAUGAUAAUGGUUCGACCUAAUGUUUUGUAGCGUGUUGAAUGUUAUAUCUGACCCAUGAGUGUUAAUGUGACGUCUCCAGUUGGCAUGCCUUUCCCUAACCAAGUUAGACAUUUCUUGACGUUUCCUCCCCACAUCUAUGCGAAAUAACCCCAAUUAUAACCUUGUCUGCUGGUCUUUAUCAACAUCUGCCAUAUCACGUUUCUGUUCAAUGUGCUUCAAACUGGGAAACCGGUAGCAGAGAGAGCUACGAGUCCUUUAUACACUGCCUUCCUUCAAAGAAAACACUCACUACGUAACUUUUCCUCUCCUGUUCUUUCAGAGGAACCUGAAACACGUUAAAAAGAAGAGCCAGCCAAAAAAAUAAUAAUAAAAAAACGUUAAUAGGAGGCGAAGUGUUUCUUUUUUUUCCCAUUGUGUUUUUUUUUGUUGUUGUUGUUGAUCGUUUUGUUGAAAGGUUCCUGUUAACUGCCAUUCUGUUAAGCGUUUGAGUUGUUUAAGAUGAAAGUAACGGAGUUCAUUUGGUUUGUAAUGAAUUAUUCGGUCUGAUGGCAUGUGCACCCUGCUAAUAUGUCAAUAUAGAGGCGUAAUUGCACUCUGUAUUUCCUUUGACUUGUAAUCAUAUUGCCAAAGACAACAGUUUUAUCGAUUAAUGUAAAUACCACUUUGUCCAUUGCUACGACAAAUUCCAUUUGUUUUUCUUUCAUUUGAUUUUUUUUCUCCAACCCUACCAUCAAGUUUCUGUGAUGUAUUGUCUUCCAGUUGCAAUAAAAAAAAGUUGCAAAGGUGA